GACCGGCUACAGGUCUCGAAAACUUCACAAUCCAGCAAAAACUACCGAAUACUACCGAUAAAAUGUUGGUGCUCCUACCGAAACCCGCUAAAAUAAUCUGGUCACACUGACCACCGGGUUUGGACUCAAUGACAGCUGUUUGUUUAUAGCGUCCAGGACGAUAUUUGUUUUCCACCAAGUGUUUGGAAAUGAUCUGCCUCAACACAGUAUUUCCUGCAAAAGCGUUCACAUAAUUGUACAUAUUGUACAGCAAAAUGCAAACCUGCGUAUCGUGUAGAGUGAAAAACAAUGGCAUGAUUGCUAUUUAUCAGCAUCCAAAUGGGUUGGAUGAGAUGUUUCACUCAAUUACCGACAUAAAGGUACAACCGGAAGAACAUCUGUGUGUGCCGUGCUAUGAUGAUUUGAAGGUAGCAUAUCGCUUCAAACAGAGAUGCAUUCAGAACACGGCACCACGGUUAUCGUCUCGGGCUAAAAGACGACACAUGCUCCUGCAGACCAGAGCGUCAUUAGUAGUUGUACGGAUGUUUACACAACGUAUGAUAAAUCUGUUCCGGAAUCGACCAUAAAUCAAAAUACAGAAAACAACAGCAGCAAUGGCAGGGCGAACACGUCUAAUCUUGCACCGGAAAUGUCAGAUCCUUCGUCGCUUCCCAAGAUAGAAUUAUGCAUAGAAAAUGAAACGAUACAA